GCAAGUUUUGACUCCUUAGUCCUUGUACCUUAUUUGUUUACAUUCAUAAAAUUAAUUUUUUACUGAUUUUGCCUUUUAAUUACUGAUUUAUAAUAGAUAAGGCAUUAUGACGGUGAAACCUCGUGUAAAAUUAGAUAAUGAUGACGACCCAGUCGAAACUAUGUUAAAAAAGGCCGGUUGUCUAGACUUACAUUAUAAAGUUCAGGAAUGCAUAAAUACAACAAAAGAUUGGAGGCAAUGCCAAACCGAAGUAAAUGAUUUCAAAGUUUGCAUAACAAGACAUAAGCAGGAAGAAAUGGCUAAAGCGGGCAGAUAAUAUUUUUAUUCAUACUUAAAAUAGUAGUUUUUCAACCAAGGCGGAAAUAGAUCCAAAACUUCGAGAUGGUUUUGAUUCUAAACAAUUCAAACCACGACAUCACCCCGGCAGAACUAACAGAACCAAAGCUUCCA